CCUAUAGACCCCCUAUAGACCCCAUAAAGACCCCCUAUACGUCCCCUGUACCCCCUAUAGACAGCAAGGCGAUCGUGGACGGGAACCUGAAGCUGAUCCUGGGGCUGGUGUGGACGCUGAUCCUGCACUACUCCAUCUCGAUGCCCGUGUGGGAGGACGAGGACGAGGAGGAGGCGCGGCGGCAGACCCCGAAGCAGCGCCUGCUGGGCUGGAUCCAGAACCGCCUGCCCCAGCUGCCCAUCACCAACUUCAGCCGCGACUGGACCACGGGGCAGGCGCUGGGGGCCCUCGUCGACAGCUGCGCGCCAGGGCUGUGCCCCGACUGGGAGAGCUGGGACCCGAGCCGCCCCGUGGAGAACGCGCGCGAGGCCAUGCAGCAGGCGGACGAGUGGCUGGGCAUCCCCCAGGUGAUCACCCCCGAGGAGAUCGUGGACCCCAACGUGGACGAGCACUCGGUGAUGACCUACCUGUCCCAGUUCCCCAAGGCCAAGCUCAAGCCCGGCGCCCCGCUGCGCCCCAAGCUCAACCCCAAAAAGGCGCGGGCGUACGGCCCCGGCAUCGAGCCGACGGGGAACGCGGUGAAGCAGCGCGCCGAGUUCACGGUGGAGACCAUCAGCGCGGGGCAGGGCGACGUGCUCGUCUACGUGGAGGACCCCGCCGGGCACCGCGAGGAGGCUAAGGUGGUGGCCAACAACGACAAGAACCGCACCUUCUCCGUCUCCUACGUCCCCAAAGUCACCGGCUUGCACAAGGUGACGGUGCUGUUCGCGGGCCAGCACAUCGCCAAGAGCCCCUUCGAGGUGCAGGUGGGGCGCGCGGCGGGCGACGCCAGCCGGGUGACGGCGCAGGGCCCCGGCAUCGAGCCCACCGGCAACGUGGCCAACAGGAGCACCCACUUCGACAUCCUCACCGCCGGCGCAGGGCCGGGCGAGGUGGAGGUUUGGGUCGUGGACCCCAGCGGGCGCCGGGACACGGUGGAGGCGACGCUGGAGGCGCGGGGGGGGGGAGGGGGGGCCCAGCGCUGCACCUACCGCCCCCGCACCGAGGGACCCCACACCGUGCACGUCACCUUCGGGGGGGCCCCCAUCCCCCGCAGCCCCUUCAGCGUGCACGUGGGGCAGGCCUGCAACCCGUCGGCGUGCCGCGCGGUGGGGAGGGGGCUGCAGCCCAAGGGGCUGCGGGUGAAGGAGCCGGCCGACUUCAAGGUCUACACCAAGGGCGCCGGCAGCGGCGAGCUCAAGGUCACCGUCAAGGGGCCCAAGGGCCUGGAGGCGGUGAAGCAGAAGGACCUCGGCGACGGC